GUCCUCUACGGCGACACGCCUGUAAACAGGAUUAGAUUAUACCCAGCAGGUUGUGCGUAAGUUGAAGCGGAGAAUUCACAUCUUACGCGAAAUUGCCGUUUCAGUUUUCAGUGUUACAGUGAAGCGCCAAAAUCAACGGAAGAUGACGGCUAAAUUUGUCGUUUGUGUCUCUGUGCUGGCCGUUGCGCUAUUCAGCCCAAAAGUUUCCGCUCUGCAAUGUUGGAAAUGCUCUAGCGACAUUGACAGGAGCUGCGCCGACCCCUUCAACAUCAGCGACAUCAACGCCAGGAGGGGAGGAAACUUCUACGACAGUCUACAGCCGAAUUACAACCAGGGGCAGAACUACAACCAGGGGCAGAACUACAACCAGGGGCAGAAUUACAACCCUCAGUUCAACCCCAAUUUCAACCCUAACUUUCGAGAGCAGACCCCCACCCUGGAGUUAUGCAACGACAACGAAGCCAACCUCAAAAGGAUGAAGAACGUAUGCAUCAAGAAGACUAUCAGAGGAACGGGAAGCAACAGCUAUGUCAAUAUUGUCAGGCGCUGCGCCAUGAUCGAGUGGAACCAAGAAAUAGGCACCUGCCACGAACCCCAAAGUAGAGGCUUGAACUUGGAGUUCUGUGAAUAUUGCGACACCGACGGUUGCAAUUCCGCAUUUGGAGUAAAAGCGAGCGUUUUACUUGCUUGUUUACUGCCGCUUUCGCUUCUUUUAUUUGUGCGACAAUAACAUGCAAAGAUUAAUUUGCUACAGAUUUUUUAUUGGGUGCUAAAACGAAAUUAUUAUUUUUUGUUUGUUUAGAGCAUUUUAUUUGGUACUAAUGGUACUAGUUAAAUAUACAAAAAUUUUAAAGUUAGCAUAUCUCUCAAAAGUUUCAUGUAUUCAGGGUAAAUCAGUUUGGUACAAAGUGUGUUAAAUUGUAAAUUGUACUAAUUUUAAAAUACACGUUUUGUAAGAAAAUAAAAUUAGAAUAAAAUAGGUAGUGAAUUAAAAUCUAUUCCAGUUUGUGUAUUAAUAUAAUUAAGAGACAAAUGUAAAUAACUAUAUUCUCAUUAGAUUAGGUGUUAUGUUUUAAUUUGUAACAAAUACAUGUAUAGUAUUGUU